AUGAAUAUAAAUGUUAAGAAACAGAUCGUUACGCUUGAAUUGAAUAAUCAACGAAUUACCGUUCCGAUUAUUAACACGAUCAAAUCUAUUAAAAUACCAGUUGUUUCUUCUAAUACUGUAUUACUUCCUCUUCAUUCUAUACAAACUACAUCAGUAGCUAUUCCUAUUUCAUCUAUUUCUUUACCAUUUGUUCCACUAUCUUCUUCUUUAAAACAUUAUAAAUUUAUUCGAGAUAAAAAUAAAGCUCUUGAUUUUCAAAAUUGUCAUUCUACGAUUCUAGUAUCAAAUAGUAAGAAGAACUUAGAAAUUAUUAGGAAAGGUGCAUGUUUAGGAUAUCUACUUUGUUCUUCAUUGUUGCAGCGUCCUCGCAUCUUUUACUCAUCUUUAUAUAAAUCACUUGGAGCUACCAGACGUACUGGUAUGAUUCCAGCAUCCAGUGAUUUCCUUACAGAUAAAAGUUCUAAUGAUUGUUCAGUUUCUUCAUGUCAUACGAUUAUUCAGCUGCGUCAGGAUUUUCAAAAAUCAGUUUCUAAUGUAACCCAAUUAGUUGUUGAUGUUACACUUAAAACUAUCCACUCACUCGUUGACAAAAUUCAAGAUAGACAACAGAAACAAAAUCUUUUGUUAUUAUUUAUGCAUUUUCGUGGUAUUUUCGAUACAACUAAGCAUAAUAUUGCUCGAACUCCUAUACCUCACGUUAUUAGUACUGUUCCCCACUCGCCUCCCGCUAGUCGACCAUAUCCGCAGCGUGGUAAAGAAGAGGCGAUGUAUCAACUCAUUCAAGAAUUUCUUCAUGUCGGUCUGAUUGUUGAGUCGAAUUCUCCUUACGCUGCGUCGGCAAUACUUGUCAAGAAAAAGAUAAUUCUUUUAGAUUGGUGGUUGAUUAUAAACGACUUAAUGCCAUAA